GUGAGGAGGCUUCACAUUCACCACAUAGGGUUUGGCUUUUGUUGUCCAACUGUUACUAUUGUUUCUGUUCAAGAAGACCCUCAGGCAGAAAAAGUGGAGCUUAUAUAGAUACUGGCUUUAUUGAAUUUGGCCUAACAGACGUGGGCAUGGAGAAGAUGGACUGUUCAUCUGGGGAGUAUUUUGUGCAGAGGAAGGUUCUGGAUGGGUUACAUCUGGAUGAAGUGGCACAAAAGGAGACGCGGUCUACAAAACCAACCGUCGGUGAACGAGUGAAAGAGUCACUGAGGUGUUCGGUGCCCAGGCUUAAGCACACUAUACUGAGCUGGGUACCUGUUCUCGGCUGGCUGCCUCACUACUCCUUCAGAGAAAAUGCCAUUGGCGACCUGAUCUCUGGCUGCAGUGUGGGCAUCAUGCAUCUGCCACAGGGCAUGGCAUAUGCUCUUCUGGCUUCCUUACGGCCAGUGUUUGGCCUUUACACCUCGCUCUACCCGGUGCUGGUCUACUUCAUCUUUGGUACUUCCAGACACGUCUCCAUAGGUACAUUUGCUGUGAUCAGCAUUAUGAUUGGGACUGUGACGGAGAGGCUUGCACCAGAUAACUUUAUUGUGAAUGGCACUAACGUAACCGAUGAUGCUCGAGACGCAUUCAGAGUAGAGAUAGCAUGUUCUCUCACAGUGCUGGCAGGAAUCUUUCAGAUACUAUUGGGUGUGGUACGAUUUGGUUUUGUGGUCACUUACCUCUCUGAACCACUGGUUCGUGGUUACACUACAGGAUCUGCAUGUCAUGUGUGCGUCUCCCAGCUUAAGUAUCUUUUUGGGGUCAAGCCAGAACGCUUCACUGGACCUCUCGCUCUUAUUUAUACUCUGGUGGAUAUUUGCCGGCUGCUGCCUGAAACUAAAGUGCCAGAGCUGGUGGUCAGCCUGGUGGCACUGUCUGUUCUCAUUGUGGCCAAAGAAAUCAAUAAUUGCUACAGACAGAAGAUGCCUCUGCCCAUCCCUAUAGAACUCAUAGUGGUAAUAGGAGCAACAAUAAUCAUCCACUUCUGCGGACUUACAAGUAAAUACAGCAUUGAUGUGGUUGGUGAGAUUCCCAGUGGGCUCAAUACCCCUCGUGCUCCAGAUGCCACAUUGUUCUCAAAGGUGAUAGGUGAUGCUUUUGCGAUAGCCAUUGUGGGUUAUGCCAUCAACAUUUCCUUGGGCAAAACAUUUGCCCUGAAACAUGGCUACAAGGUGGAUAGCAACCAGGAGCUGGUUGCUUUGGGUCUUAGCAACACUGUUGGCGGCUUUUUCCAGUGCUACUCUGUGACUUCCUCCUUGUCUCGCAGCCUCGUCCAGGAGAGCACUGGGGGCAAGACACAAGUUGCAGGAGUAAUUUCAUCCAUCAUCGUGCUGAUCACAAUUUUGAAAAUAGGUUCUCUCUUUGAAGAUCUUCCCAAGGCUGUCUUAUCUACAAUAGUAUUUGUGAAUUUGAAAGGGAUGUUUAAGCAGUUCAUGGAUGUGCCGAUGCUCUGGAAGACCAACAAAGUUGAUUUGCUGGUGUGGCUGGUAACAUUCAUAAGCACCAUUCUGCUUAACCUGGACCUGGGUCUGGCUGUCUCCAUUGGCUUUUCCAUGCUCACUGUCAUCUUCAGAACACAACUACCCCGGUACUCUAUUUUGGGCCAUGUGUCAGGCACUGACCUGUAUCUGGACACAGAAAAAUACAAGCAGGCUAAAGAGAUUCCAGGAAUUAAAAUCUUCCGUUCAUCUACAACUAUCUACUACACAAAUGCUGAGAUGUACUUGGAGGCCCUGCAAGAGAAGAGUGGAAUUGAAAUAGGGAAGCUGCUGACAGCGAAGAAGAAACUAGAUGCAAAGCUGAAACGUGAACAAGAGAAAGAGAAAAAGAAAGCUAAAAAGGAGGCAAAGAAACAAAAAAAAGCAGUCAGCCACAUGUCCAAUGGCAGUUUCUCACUGAAGGAGUCACGGAUGAACGAGGUGAAAGUCUCUGCAGGACUGAAGGGACAGAGCUCCUUAAGCAUGACAGAAACCUCUUCAAAUGACCAUAAUAAAGGACAAGUAAACUGGGCUUACCAACAUGACACAGCCAUGUCAGACUCAGAUUCAGACAAAGGUUGCCACAGCAUCACUCAGGUAUCGCCCCACAGUGAUGAGGAAAAGGAACAGGCCUGUGGAUCAGGCACGCACAGCAUCGUCUUGGAUAUUUCAACAACGAGCUUUGUGGACACAGCCACUGUGAAGACCUUGAAAAAUAUAUUCAGGGACUUUGGAGAGAUUGAUUUGGACAUCUAUCUAGCAGGCUGCCAAGCAUGUGUCGUGGAGCAGCUGGAAACUUCAGGUUUCUUCUCAGAGGCCAUCCCAAAGAGCAGGCUCUUUGUCACAGUGCAUGAUGCAGUGCUUCAUAUUCUCCACAAACUGGAGCAGACAGACUUUGUGCAUGAUGUGUUCCUUUAGAUGUGACCAACAAGGGUCAGACUGUUCCUCCUCCUCCUCCUCCUCCUCACCAUUGGUCAUCAUUGUCUCCUCCCCCUUCAGUAGAGAAGAAUGCGCCACCUUGACAUGGCAGCUGGUUGCCAUGGGGCAUACAGCAACCGUUGCUGUGGCAACAGUCUUUUUUAUGAAAAUGUUUAAUGAGAUCGCCAGCAAUACGUCAUUGCAGCUCUCUCCCUCUGUGGUGUGCGUAAGACAGAGAAGGGGAGAAUGUAACACUGGACUAAUAGGAGUAUGUAAAAUAUUAAUGAUACCACAAAGAUUUCCUGUCAAAUACAUAUCAUUGAUAUGAUAAGUGCAGGAUGCAAUCUAGAAAAAUAAUAGUUCACUGAAAGAAAAACUUGUGUUUUGUUUUUUUGACAAAAUGUGUUUUCUAUUCAGUUUAGAAACUAUGUUGACCAUGUUGAUCUAUCUAUAAUUGUAAUAAAUAUAUAAAUGAAUAUAUGUUUAACAUAUUAAUAAUAAUACUUAACUGAACAACAAAAUAAAAAAAACAAUAAUGAAACCAAUAAAAGGUCAAAGGAACAGUGUGCAACUUUAUGUAUAACCACAUCUAGUGGUUAAAAUAGGUACUGCAUUAAAAUUACAAAAUACUGAAGA